AUGGAGAAAAGCGUAGGUGUCAAAUCCCAGGAGGGGACGGUCGACAACGGCUCGCAGGAGUAUGCCAUCCGACAGCACACGACCGAAGAAGUCGACGUCGAGGAGCAGGUCAAGCGGCCCUGGUGGCAUUCCAUCAAAGAGCCCGGGUCAGCGUUGCAAAUUGUUAUAGCGGCUGCACUCGCCAUCGCGAUCGGUCUGUCCGUUAGCAGCACUGUCGAUGAUAUUCCGUACGCAGCUCCUACUAUUCUUGAGAUCCCCGGUGCGCUAUGGUUGCGUGCGUUGAGAGCAGCUGUCCUGCCGAUGAUUGUCACCGCCAUGAUCCUCGCCGUCCAACGACUAAGGGAGCUGUCCAACGGUGGCAAUAUCCUCGCACGAUGGACGAUUGGAUACUAUGUGCUCACGACCCUCUUUGCCAUCGUCCACAGUAUCAUCUUGACUUCACUCGUCUGGCGGACCCUCAUGACCCAAGCGAGUGCCGAAUCGCUCAACGUCGAGGAAGAUGACAAGGAAACAUUUGAAGAGCGGGAGUCGACCGACAUCGCCGACGUUGUCGUGCAAAUGUUCGAGUCGCUGAUCCCCAUUAAUGUCGUCAACGCCCUGGCAACUGAUAGCUUGCUCGCUGUACUUGUCACAUCCAUUGUGAUCGGUUAUUUGAUCGACGGGCGUACCUCAUACAUCCUCAAGGCGGUCGUCGAAGUCGAGCAGAUCAUCCUUAAGAUCAUCACUGUCCUCAUCAAGCUCGCUCCCAUUGGUGUCUUCUUCUUGAUUCUAUCCAACAUGUUCCGUCUCGACGUUCGUGACAUUGGCCAGAAUCUGGGUGUCCUGAUCGGUGGUUCCCUCGUCAACCUCGCCCUCCAUUUAUUUAUUGUCCUCCCCGCGCUGUUCUUCAUUUUUACACGGAAGAACCCCUACUCAUUCUGGUUCCGAUGCUCGCCCGCUUGGAUGACUGCGUGGGGUACAGCAUCUUCUGCCGCUACCCUUCCUUUGUCUCUCAAGGUCGUCCGCCAGGCCGGUGUAUCCAAUACAGUCAGCAAGUUCACCGUUCCCCUCGGCUGUCUUGUAAACAUGGAUGGAACCGCAAUCUACUUCCCCAUCUGCGUCGUCUUCCUCGCCGAGACCCAGGGCCACUCACUCAGCCCUGCCGACUACGUCAUCAUCUGUCUCCUUUCAACGCUCGCCUCCAUCGGCACAACGCCCAUCCCCAGCUCAAGUUUGGUCCUCACCGUGAUGAUCGCGGGCAGUGUCGACGUCGAAAUCACUGGAAUGUACGCCGUCAUCAUCGCGAUUGAUUGGUUUAUUGAUCGUUUCCGGACGAUGACCAACGUCAGCGGAGAUUUGUUCGCGGCAGAGAUCAUUGAGAGGCUGAGUGGGUUUAAUGAUCAGGUUGGGCACGAGGAUGAUGCGGAUAAUGGGGUUCGGGAUGAGAGGGAGCGCGGGCAUGGAAUGGUUUAA